CUAAGCAUGCAGACUGCUUCUUCAAACAUUUGUGAAAGAAUGGGUCGCUCUCAGGAGCUCAGUGAAUUCAAGUGUGGUACCGUGAAAGGACGCCAUCUGUGCAAUAAGUUCAUCCAUGAAAUUUCCUUGCUACUAAAUAUUUCACGGUCAACUGUUAGUGGUAUUAUAACAAACUGGAAGUAACUGGGAACAACAGCAACUCAGGCAUGAAACCAAUGCUCUAGAGCAGUGGAGACGUGUUCUCUGGAGCGACCAAUCAUGCUUCUCUGUCUGGCAAUCCGAUGGAUGCAUCUUGGUUUGGCGGUUGCCAGGACAACAGUACUUUCCUGACUGCAUUGUGCCAAGUGUAA